CAGGGAGAAUGACGGCUCGCUUCGCGGUCCUUGAUCCGGAACUGGUUGUGCAGGAACCCAGGAAGUGGAAGCCCGCGCGAGUGAAGCGUGUUAGCUGCCCAGAAGGCAAGAACGGGAAGGCGCGAGUGAGGAGAGGUGCGCCAGGGUCUGCAUUGGUGGGAAACUGGAAUCAGGAGCCAGAGCCAGGAAUCAAACCCAGAUGCUCUCCAAAUCCUUGAUUAUGGAAUAUCUGGCUCAUCCUAGUGCACUCAGCUUGGCUGCUGGGGUUGCUUGUGGCAUGUGCCUGGGCUGGGGCCUGCGGGUACGCUUUGGGAUGCUCCCCAAAAGCUUAACGAGCGAGACAGACACAGAGAGUGAAACAGAAGAAAGCAUCUUGGGAGAGAGUGAGGAGUACAAAAUGAUCCUUGUGGUUCGAAAUGACUUGAAGAUGGGAAGAGGAAAAGUUGCUGCCCAGUGCUCCCAUGCGGCCGUCUCUGCCUACAAGCAAAUUCAAAGGAGAAACCCCGAGGUGCUCAGACAGUGGGAGUACUGUGGCCAGACCAAAGUGGUGGUGAAAGCGCCUGAUGAAGAAACCCUGAUUCAGUUACUAACCCAUGCCAAAAUGCUGGGACUCACUGUUAGUUUAAUCCAAGAUGCUGGGCGCACUCAGAUUGAACCAGGCUCACGAACUGUCCUAGGAAUUGGGCCAGGACCAGCAGAUCUAAUUGACCAAGUCACUGGUCACUUAAAACUUUACUAGGUGAACAUUUAUUACGAAGAUGACUUCCCCAGAGUUUGCACUGGCAUAGGACAGCACACGAGAACUGUGAAUGAUGCCACAGUAGCAACUGUUUCUACACAGAUGUUUACACUGGAUCCACAAGUGAUGCAACAACAUGUAACUGAACCGAACUCAACUGUAAAUGCAUCAUUCUGGCUCAGCUCAGUUCUGAUGGCUCCAAAUUCAAAGAGUUCAUUCCCAACAGGAUGGCCCAGGGUGGCUGACUCAAGGAAUUGCAAUAAAACGUGGUUUCUCUAUUA